GCCAGCCCCCAUUAAGUGCUCCUGAGCUUUGAGAGUAAAUGUUCUACUACGAGUGACAGCUGUGCAAUGUUUUCACACGGAUCUCAGGAAUGAAACACAAUACUACAUCCACAAAACCCCUACCUUCUCAGCUCUCCUCCAUGAAAGUUUCUGGCUCCCAAGCCCUUCAAAAAUUUCAGGAGGCUGGCAGAAACCCACAAUGGUAGGCAAUGAAAGUAGCGAAGCCAAGCUGUUGCAGGUAUCUAGAGAAGCCCACAAACUGACCCAGAUGGUCAAUUCAUUGCCGGAGACGCAGAUUUCUGACGAACAAACAGAAGAAGUUGUUAAGACUCUAACGAGAAGCGGUUUUCGAUCUCCAAGAGUCGUUGAUCAAAGCUAGGAAUCUUCGAGAGGCAUCAAGAGUGAAGUUUGGUUUUGGGUUAAAGGAUUCCGCGAGAUUCGAGAGGAUCGCUACGGGUGGCUCUCUGUUCCAUUACGUUGAUGAGUUGAAGAAAGUGAUGACAGAGAGCAGUUUUAAUCAAGACCCCGGAAUUGCUUCCGGGGCGGAUGGGAAAGUUUCUUCGGGUCGAUCUCUUGGAUUCUUGAUGAGCAGUGAUCAGCCCAAGAAGGCGAAAGGGUCGAAUUUGAUUGCGAAGCUCAUGGGCCUCGAAGAGCUCCCUUCAGAGUCUAGCAAAUUUACAAGAAAGGAACAGAAGGUUAAUGAGUGUUUAGUUCAGCCAAGACCCCUCCUUCCUGUAGAACUGUCCAAUACGAGGAAGCCGCCAUCAAUCGAGAAGAAAACAGAAGCAAGAACAGAAUCGGUGAAGGGUGUUGUUGAGAUUGUGAAAUCUGAUGAAUUACUCAAGGGCAAUGAAGUCAAAGGCCGUAGAAGGACGUCAUCUUCUGGCCAUCAUUUUGAUAAUGGAUUUCAAAUCAAUGCCGUCGUGAGAUCUCCACAGUUGCCUCCUCAGUCUGAUGAUGCUCUCGUUUCAGUAAAGACGAGGGCGAUAAACUUGAAUCCAGAAGAGAUAGCUUGUAACAAUGGAGAUAUGUUAUCCAGAGAAUUUGAGCGAAAAGAAGGGAAGAAUGCGAAGAGGAAUAAUGUCACGUCAUAUUUACAGACUGAAAAUGUUGCUUCAAGUGAAAUAGACGAUGCGGGUCCAAAGCUUCAAGUGCAUGGAAGGAAAGCUGGAAACAAGGAGUCGAAAACUAGUGCAACUCCAAAAUCUCGGGCCACUCUUAUUUCUAGAUCACCAGCCAAGUCUGAUAACAGAAGGAUCAUUAAAAAUGUCCCUCCAAACAAUCAAGCCAUUGCUUGUAAAGGAGGAAAUGCAUCAAGAAAGCACAAUCAAACUUUAACUAGAAAACCCACAUCUCAACAUUUUACUAACCUUGCGAAGGUAAAGAAGUCGGGAGAAGCUAAGCCUGUCACGAAAUCCAUGGACAUCAAAGCAUUUACUUGUAAUGUAAAAUGUAAGGAUGUCAAAGUAACAAAUAAAAGUCGCAAUUUGCCUGCUGAUGCACCAGCGAAAAAAGCGAAGAAGAAUUCGAUACCUUACAACAGAGGAUGCAAGAAGAAAGACACAAAGCUCUUUAACGAAGUUAUGGUAAAUAGUGGCAAAUGUGAGAGAACCUCAAAACCACCAGAAGAAUCUAUAGAGGCUCCAAAUAGCAAAGCCAUUAUCCAAACAAAAGCUAAAGUAGAAGAGUGUGACAUACAACUAUUGCUUCUGAACACCCAGUCAUUUAUCAGCCAUGCAUACAAGCUCUUUGGAUUUGAUGACCAUCAGACUACAAACCAACAAACCAAAGGAACUUUCAAGCUUGGAACGGAAAAUGCGGAUCUUCUGUUAGAUUGCGCAAAGGAACUAAUGGCUCGAAAAAGACGCCAACAAGCGAUGGCAAAUCAUUAUCAUAUGCUGCGAAGUAGCUUAUGGAAUUUGGCAGUUGUAUCUCUUGAUCAGUUGGUGAACGAAAUCAGUUAUGGGAUCGAGAAACUUAUCGAUCAUAGAAAAAAUGGUGCAGGUGUCGGUUUAAAAGACAGCGUUUAUGUGAUACUAGAGAGGGAUCUCAGAUGCAAAGAUAUAACGGUGAAUACUAAUUGGGAUAUGGGGUGGCUAAAUUUUAUUUGUGUGGAAGAGGCUGAUCAUAUUGUUGGUCAAGUUGAAGAUCUAAUAUUGUAUGGACUUGUUGAGGAGUUAUUUUGUUAGUGAUU